CCAAGAAGUCUCAUUUUCAAGGAUUUUUUGAAAGCCAUAUAAGAUGUCUAGGUAACCUAACUCUUCUGGUACCUUAGCUAUCGAAUUGUUAGUCAUUAAAGUGUAUGGAGUUACUGGAGCCAAUGUCAAUCGAUUAAGUGCUGCAAAUGCCAACUCUUUUUUUAUAACUCGCCAUAUCGUCAUAGCUGUUUCGGUUAAAAAGUACCUGUCGAUUAGUCAGAAAAGAUAACAAGUGCGAUAGAGCAGUGUUGUCAUUAAAUGGCCGGUGAGUUCAGUGCAUGCUCCGCGGUAAACAUGAACAGCACAUGGGUGAGCACGGUUCCAGACACGGAAAUGGUGACCGUAGCCCCAGCCCCUCAGCCGGACUCAGACUGUGGGGUGGUGGUGACCCAGAUACCCAUUUACACCCUGAACGGAGUGGGGGCGGGCGCACUGCCGCUAACUGUUGGCUGCCAGAAGAUGAGGGUGAGGUGCCCGUCCUGCAGGGGUGAGGUCACAACCAGUCUGGUCACGGCCCCCACCCGCAAAACCCACCUGUGCGCCCUGACCUUGUAUGUCUGCUGCUGCUGGCCCUUCGUGUGCCUGCCCUACUUCAUAAACUACUGCAAGAGUGUCCAGCACUACUGCCCCAACUGUGGAUGCCACAUAGGAAGCUACAGCAUUUGAAGUGAUCGAGCUAUUUUGCACUGCCACAAAGCACAUGCACUUCGGGAGCUUUCAGUAGGAGUAGCCGUUUGCAGUUGGCAAACAUUCAGAAGAGAAUUUUUAACUGUAAGCACUGC